AUGCCGGCCUUGAUAUCUCUUGCCUGCGACUACAAGAACUUGGAGAGUUCUACAGAGCCUUUCAAAUUUUCGCACAACGUGUUGAUUCGCACUCAACCUUACCUUACGGCGCAGAAACAGAGGUCCCUGAACGAGUCUAGUUUUCCGUCUUUUGAGGUAACAGUUAUCGAAGAGGAAAAACAAAUAAGCUAUUGGAUUGUAUGCCGCGGGAAUCUUCGCGGAAUCUGUAACGCACGUUGGGUCCUAAAGAACUUGGAAAUACUGAAAUGUAUACAUGAUCUUGAUCUUGGCCUUGAAAGGAUCUUUUCAAUAUUGAUAAGUAUCAUUGACUGCACGGAGAGCAAAUCCGGUACUGCCUCCAAAUUUCCAUUGUCAAAUUCUCUUACAGAUCGUCCUCGCAGACCAGAGAUGGCCUUCCUCGACCUUACAAAACACGACGAUACCCAUUCCAACUUUCUUUUCUAUGAUAUUUCAAUGUUAAGAAAUAUUCAAGACGUUUCUGCUCUUUUUUCCUCGACCUAUAACCUAAACAUGACAAUACACUCACGAUAUUGGAUCUUGAAUGAGCCAUACAGCGGAGGAGACCAAGAUACUUCUCGAAACAUGGAUUACGGGAACUUGCUCUAUUGUGUCGUGCCCUGGCUUAAGUAUCUGAUGGCUAUGCCUUAG